AUGUCAAGUAGUUGUGAAGGUAAAAGUUCGUGGCCAGAGCUGGUUGGCUUUAAUGGGGAGGCAGCAACUGUUAUCAUCAUGAGAGAAAACCAAAAAGUUAAGGCAAACACCGUCAAAGAAGGGUCGCCGGUGUCGGGGGAUUUCCGGUGCGAUAGGGUCCGGGUCUUCAUUGAUGACAAUCACAUUGUGACUCUAGUUCCCAAAAUUGGUUAGCCAAUCCAACAAAAAAAUCAUUGAAAGAGAGACAGAA